AUGUUUGGACGGUCAGAGCCCAAGUUCGCGUUGCUCAGCAGCACUUCCGAUGAGGAGGCUUAUGGGAGCCCUGAUGCCGUGGACGCACACAGGACGGUAUUACGGGAUGUGGCUCGCCGCUCACACGACUCUCGGUUCUGGAUCGCAACAACGAUUCUUUUCGCAUCACUUUCUGCCAUAAUGGGAUGGAACCAAAUCACCUCAAUGAUAAGCAGGAGUUACGAGACUGAAUCCGCAGUGCCACACAUCCGCAUCAAGCAGCAGCAAUUUACUGGUGCCGUAAGGAUUGGUGCAGAUGGGACGUCUUUUCGCUCCAUUGAUCCCGACCAUACGCAGUACUUUGGAGCCCCAAGUCCAGCAUUGGAUGAGGCAUGGGCAAACGUUACAAUCGGUUACGAUGCGUUGUUAUUUGAUCACCAAGAUGCCAAGACUGCGGACGGGAAUCUAAUCAGAACAGUGGACAAGAACGGCCAGUCCAUGAUGUCGCUGACCGUGUUUCAUGGCCUACAUUGUGUGAACGUUAUCCGCAAAGGCCUGGCCGGUGACUAUUACAAGCAACCGCCCGGAAAAGACCAUUUAGACCACUGCCUUGACUUCCUGCGUCAAAUUGUCCAAUGCCAGUCUGACUUGACUCCCUUUUCCUACUACUGGGACGAGCGUCUCAAAGGUCCAUUCCCAAGCUUUGACGACACUCACACUUGCCGCGACUUUGAUCAGAUAUAUGAAUGGGCUUCGACCAAAUUACUGAGGCAUUGA